CUUUGUUUCCAUUUUUGGUGUGUGGUGGAGGGAACAGGGAGGCCUAGAACCUGUACCCAGGGACAGACAUCAAAAAUAAUUAGAGAAGGGAGUGAGGGAAACAGCAUUAAAAACACCCAGGUAUCCUAUAGGAGGUGACCCCUGAACAGGGAGGGUGAAGGACCCAACUUUGGACCCUCUGCCAGAAAAAACCAUCCCAGGGAUUGAAAGGAAACAGAACAAAACCAGGACAAACAACCUGGAAGGAAGUGACCAGAAGAAAUGGUAUCCACCAGGCCCCGCCCACAUUGGGACAGAAGCUUCCCUCAGAGACUUUUGUCCAUUCCAUCCUGCUGGCUGGCUGAAUAGAACCUGGAGAGGGGUGAUACUGAUUGACCAUCUGAUAUCCUGAACCUAGAGUACGAAAGCAUGGAUCAUCCUGACGAAGAUAUGACGUACGAAAAAAUGCAGCAUGAUGUGAAAAUGUUUUUGACAGACUUUCCCAUGACAAAACUGCAGCUAGAAGAGCACAUCCAAGACCUUUAUUGCACAGCAGACAAAAUCGAGAAGAUUCACAAGGACUGCACCAUCGCCGGUGUUGUAGCUGGCUCUACUGGUGUUGUCUCUGGCAUCCUGACCGUAAUCGGGUUUGCUCUUGUACCUGUAACAGCAGGAGGGAGCUUGAUCCUCUCUCUAACUGGGAUGGGGCUGGGAGCAGCAGCUACUGCCACUGGUAUUUCUGCAAGCAUUAUUGAUAAUGUGAGCGCCUCACAGGGGAGGGCGAAGUUAGACAAUGUUGAGGGAAGGACAGGUGACAUCUUGGAAGCUCUAUGUAAAAACGUAAAUGGAAUUCUUCCGGCAGUGGGGAGGUUGAGUAAAAUCUUCAAAAAUAUUGUCCCAAACUUCCGUGCCUUCAGCCUGGUCAAAGCCAAGCCAGGCUUGAGCAAGACUUUUCAGGGCACGCUACUGGCCAUGACCAAAGGAGCCAGGAUAAGGGGUGCGGCGCUUACAGGCGUUUUUGUUCUAAUGGACAUAGUCACCAUCGUGCAAGAUUCAGUUCAUUUGUCCAAAGGGGCAAAGGCUCCAACAGCAGAAGAACUGAGAGAGAAAGCUCAGCAUUUAAAAGAGAAACUGCAGGCUCUUUCCGAGGUUUAUGAGACCCUGCUGGAAAUGGAGACUCAGUUGACAACCUAAAAGCCGUGGGCCAGGGCAGUCUAUGGACAAUGGAUGAGGGUGUCCCAGGAGAGGAAUAAAGGGAACUUUACUUUAGGCUCAAGUUUUUAGAAACAGUUGUCAGGGAGAAAAGAGAAAACAGAAAGAUCACUGCUCUUUGAGGCCAAUUAUCUGAAUUUAGUCCUGCCUCUGGAUCACACAGCUACAAGACUCUGAACUAGUUGCUUUGGACUCCUAGGGUUGAAAGUCGAAUGGAUCAAUUGUUGUAACUGUUUUAUCUUACAGCCUGGGGAAGGGAGGGGGCGGGGCAGUGCAGAUGAGAGAAGGGAAUGACUUGUCCAGGAUGAUGCAUAUUUUAGUUAUUUAGAAUGAGAUUUCCCUUUUUAUUAUUGCUUCUUAGAUUUUGUUAUAAUAUACAUUGUAGUUGAUUUUUGAGGGUUUAUUUUGUAAUUUGCAACUUUAUAAAAGCUAUCGUCUCAGUAAGUAUCUUCACUGAUUCUCUAGAAUUUUCCAAAUAUAUUGUCAUAUCUUUAGCAAAUUGUGAAAGUUUUAUAAAGUUUUACAUAUAUGUAUAUCUAUGUAUACAUAUAUGUGUAUAUGUAUACAUAUAUAAUCUCACACUCAUAUACAUGCACACACAAAUAUACUUUCAGAACUCUGCCAAAUAAUUGUCAGGAAAGUGGGCAUCCAGGCUUUACACCUUUAUUUAUAGGAAAAGAUUCAAGUGCAUCCCCAUUACAUAUGAUGCUAAUAGCUCUUGAAUGCUUUUUGUGGUAUUUUUUGAAAAUUCCUCGAUGAGUGAAGUGAGCAGAACCAGGAGAAUGUUGUGCACAGUAAUAGCAACCUUGUGCGAUGACUGACUUUGAUAGA